AUGGUAAAGGAAGAGAUGGCCAUGUUGGAGGUGUUCCAUCUCACACCCUCUGAUGGGUCUGGACUGGCGAGUCCAUUCAGACAUCAUAACAACAAUGAUGUAUCAUUUGAGCAUGCCAUAUCAAAAGCAAAGAGAAGGUUUGAGAAAAGAAGAGGACCAACUUUGAUCAAACCGUUGAACAAGAAACAGAAUAGAGUGGUAGUUGGUGAUAUGGAGUUUGAUCCAGUGUCACUCACCUGGAAGGGCAAUGAUGAUGAACUGAGUGGCUUUCCACGAGGCGUAGCACCAGCCCUCAUCUCAAACAUGGGCAGACACGAGGAUUCAAUGGUCAUUGGCAACAUGAGAUGGGAUCCAAAACUACAAGAAUGGCGAGGUAAUGAAGCGGACCUACUUCGCUUCAGAACACCUGGCCUUAUCACUCCUCUCAAUGGUGGUGUACUUGAUACCAAGGUCCAAAAUGGAAUGGUCCUUGAUCCAGUCACAAUGAAAUGGCGAGGCAAUGAAGAUGACUUGGACGUGUUUGAGGCAAUGGACGAUCAGAAUAAUGAUAAUACCUUUAAAGAAGAAGGAGAAUUCAAUAUCACAGAGGCAUUGUUACAAUCAUUCUAUGAAUGCCAGAACAAACAUGCUAUGGACUUGGGUGGAUGGUUCCCAGAGUCGAGGGACUUGGACGAUCGUGAACAUCUUGGAGCAAUCAGACAGAUGUCAAUAAGCAAGUUGAUACAAAACACUACAUCAUCGUCAUCAUCCAAUUCAUCAAUGAUACCAACAAUCGAUGAUAAUGGACAAGUGGUACCUUGUUCAAACAACAAUGUACUUCCAAUGCUACUAAAGAAAAAGAAGAAGAAGGUGGUCGACGAGACUAAUGAAUGGGACGAUGUGGACUUUGAAGGUCCUCAACCCAAACUACAACUCAAACUAAAUCCACACAUCGAUGCUACAACACACGAAUCAUCCGCAACCAACGAGGAGAGCAACUGGGACAAGGAGAUGGGCUUUGCAUCCGACGACGAGACAUCCAGCAGCAGUGGCACUGGUAGCCAUAAGCACACGCCACGCAACAAGCUUGAGGAGUGGUCAGACUUUGGUAGUUUUGACUCGGCCAAACUGGAGAGGUUCAGGGAGAGCGAGGAGGCACUGGACGACGAUGACCUGGAUUGGUCAUCACUUGGCUCACGCAAGCCAUUGGCCAAGCGACACAUUGGUCUAAAGACAUUAAGUGGUGGAUCACUAUCAAAGACAUAUCGUAGCGCAGAGAAGACUGGCAGCCUUAACCUUAGACAAGGUAGCAGCACACUCAACAACAUCCCACCUCUCACCAGUCCGAACCUCUCACCAGUUCAGUCCAGCGCCACCUCAACGCCAAACAUGAUGGAGGAGUGCUUUGAUGAUCUGGACAUUGAAGGACCACUGGCACUCAAGCAUAGGUUACACAAUGAUGACUUUCAAACAUUGUCCGCCGACGAACCAUGGUCCAUACACGACCAAAAGCCUGAGGCUCUAUUACCUGGUGUUUGCCGCGAGGUAUUGGAAGAGGAGUGGCCUGAGGUCAUUAUCCCACCUGGCCUCUGUGUCAUGAAGCCAAACGAUGUGAACAGGAGACUGUUGCCACAUUUCACAAGGCUGGCCAUCGAGGACUACAGCAGCGACUUUAUGUUACCAAACAAUGGAGAGAGUACCAAGUUGAUAUUUAAGCCUUACCAACUGGUUGACGAUCCAUUCGGAGAUGACGACGAUGAAGGUUGGGAUGACAUCAACUUCCCAGACAACUUCCAUGUGGGUGUGGGGGUGACAACUUCCACUUCCACGGCGCCACAAUCAUCAACUGUACAUCAUGUAACAACAUCCAAUAAUAAUAAUUAUUAUUAA